UUAGAAUUCUUUCUUAAUUAAUUAUGGGGUUGCUCAAGGAGGAAACCGUCGUUUACAAGCCUGUGGAAGAGGUUGAUGUUGGUCCUCACAGUGAUCAAAUCUAUGUUCGAGCCAACGUCAAAGCUCCUAGAAUGGCCGGUCUUCUGGUCAAGAUCUUCGCCUGGUUUCUGGAGUCAAGGAUCUUUGGGACAUUGUUGAUGUACAUAUUGAAGAAAAACAAUCUAAUUCACAAGUUCAUAACAAAUGCAGAGAUAGAGGAGCCACCUCUCUUCGUUCCAUCGCAUCCUUUUGAAGAUGAUCAUCUGAAAGAUCAACAGGAAGUUAAGUACAUAGAUUCUGAUUUGUCUCCUCCAGAACAAGUUCAACAGGCAAUGGAUUGUUUGCCUCAUUAUUCAUCAGAAAAUACAGUUAAAUCAGAUUCUUUCCAUCGCUGGACGAUAUUGGACUAUUCAAGAGCCUAUAGAUCUGGAGAAAUAACUCCCCGGAUGGUCGCAGAGCGGUUUAUAAAAGCUGUACGUGAAUCUUGUAGUCCUCCAUUGCAGAUGUCAUUCUUUAUCAACUAUAAUGUUGAAGACAUCCUAAAGCAAGCAACCGAAUCAACACUUCGUUAUGAACGAGGACAAGCAAUAUCCUUUCUAGACGGGAUCCCGAUUGCUAUCAAGGAUGAAAUAGAUUGUUCUCCAUAUCCUACUACAGGAGGAACAAAGUGGCUACACAAAGUUCGAUCUUGUACGGAUGAUGCAUGUUGUGUUAAGCGCCUCAGAUCGUGUGGUGCGAUACUUGUUGGUAAAACUAAUAUGCAUGAACUUGGGGCCGGAACAAGUGGGAUAAAUCCUCACUAUGGGGCCACUAGAAAUCCAUAUGAUAUCAGCAAGAUCUCCGGAGGUUCUUCCAGCGGAUCUGCUGCUGUAGUGGCUUCAGGAUUGUGCCCUGCUGCCCUUGGUGUUGAUGGGGGAGGAUCUGUGCGAAUGCCUGCAGCUCUCUGUGGUGUUGUUGGCUUGAAACCAACUUUUGGGCGCAUACCUCAUUCUGGUGUUUUUCCUCUAAACUGGACAGUGGGGAUGGUUGGAAUCCUAGCAGGCACCAUUGAGGACGCAUUUAUUGUUUAUGCAGCUAUGAGUGGACGACUUCCAUCGGAUCAACCCACAAGUUCUGUACAGCCAAAAGUGUAUUUUCCAUUGCUCAACUCAACUGAACCUAUCUCUGAUGUCAAAUUGGCGAAGUAUGAGGAGUGGUUUAAUGAUUGCAGUGACGAUAUAAGAAUAUGCUGUUCUCAAUCACUUGACAAGCUUAAGAAGCACUAUGGUUGGAAGGUUGUAGACGUGACUAUCCCGGAGAUAGAAUCGAUGCGCCUUGCACAUUAUUCUACAAUUGCAUCUGAGUGCAGCACUUCCCUUAGUUCUCAUCUAGAAAAGCUGGAUCCUGCAGAAUCAGGAUGGGAUAUAAGGGUAGGACUUGGCGUAUAUGGUGCUUUCAGCAGCAAGGAGUACAUAAAGGCACAGCAAAUUAGGAACCGCCAGAUGCAGUUUCACAUGAAGAUAUUUGCUCAGGCAGAUGUCAUUGUUUCACCAACAACAGGUGUAACUGCAUACCCAAUAAAGGAUGAUGCAGUAGAGACUGGUGAACUCGACUACAUAAAUGGAGCUGCACUAGUUCGGUAUUCAAUAGCAGGAAAUUUUCUAGGACUGCCUGCUGUGACCAUUCCGGUGGGAUAUGACAAACUUGGUUUGCCGAUUGGCCUGCAGUUUAUUGGGAGGCCAUGGUCUGAACCAACAUUAAUUCACAUAGCGUCUGCCAUGCAGGCCCUCUGCAUGUCAGAAUACAGAAAGCCAGAGGUCUUCCAUGAUCUUCUCAAUAGGGAUUAAGUGCGCAGGGAAUGUCCACAACAUGAUUACAGAUGGUCACACAUAUGAGCAACUCUACACUGGAUAAUGAUGUCCACUGAACUUCUCUUUCCUUCCAUUUUAUUAUUUUUUUUUUUUUGUGAGCACUUGUUGAACUUCUCGAUUAUGCUGUUAUGUUUUUAACUAUGAAUCACCAUAGUACGUGGCAUUACCCAAAAGGUCUGUAUUACUUUUACAAUUAACAAUAAUACGCAACAUCAUUCGAAAA